AUGGUUUCACAAGCAGACUUUGAUAAUAUUGACCUCCACAUCACAUUUGGCGUGACGAUUUUUUGGAUCGUGUUCUUCGGAAUCCUAUUGCUGGCAAACGCUAAAGUGGUCCUAAUAACCAAACGUUCCCAUUACGCGUUCUGUAUCAAUUUUGCUAUGGUCGGAGAGGUUGUCGGUUACAUUGGACGUAUCUUUGUUUCCAAGACUGACAACAAGCAAACGGGCUACAUCAUGAACGCUGUUGGCUUGAACGUAGGUGCCUCCUACAUGUUGGUGUGCAUCUACGUUGCUUCGUUUGGUCUGUUCCGUUCCCGUUCUAACAAGUCACCUCGUCACAACACUAUCCUCCUGAUUAACCUAAUCCUGUUCAACUUGACGGCUGUGAUUCUGUUUUCCGUGGGUGCUGGCCUCGAAGCAGGAAGCAACAGUUCUUACAACACCGGAAAAAACUUGGCCUUGGCAGGAACUAUAAUCCAACUGGCUGUUCUUGUGGCGUUCGUCCUUUACUGGAUCUUUGUCUACUCCACCAAUGUUUCCACUUUUAUUCCACCAUCUGCUUCCGCUUACUUCAAGUACUAUCCAGUGGCUCUCACCUUUGCCAUGGCAUGUAUGCUUGUGCGUUUCUCUUACAAGGUUGCAACCCAAUCCCAAGGAUUCUUCAGCAAGAUUGCUUUCGACGAGGUCGACUUCAGUAUGAUGGACUCACUUAUGUCUGCACUGACAGCUCUUGUUCUCUCUAUUUGGAACCAAAGCUUGGUCAACAGAAGUGCAGACUUUGAAAAGACUGCCUCAGAUCCUGAAUUUCUAUAG